AUGACAAUUUUAUCAACCUUUACAUCAUUUUCAAAUCCACCCAAAUUAAAUAAAUCUUCAUUUUCAUCAUCAACGGGUUCAUCAUUAUCAAUGGGAUCAAAUUCAUUUGCAUGGGGGGGAGGUUGGGGGGGUUUUGGGGGCCCAAAAGGGGGAAGUUUUAAUGUGGACAUUGCUGGAAAUUUAAUUUGGGGGGUUUAUUAGGGGGUUUAUAAGGGGGGGAGUGGGACUGGUUAAGUGGAGAGGGCUCCAAAAGGGAUGCAAGCAGCGCCUGA